GACACACGGACGAUGCUGCGGUCGGUCGACGAUUGCCAUCUGUGUAUUUUUAAAUGCCGUAGCGUGACACCUUCCCAACAGUGUACGGAUACAGCGCAUGUUCCAAAUUGUUUGACCGUACUUACUGAAACUUGUGCAGUUUCACUUUACCUUGGUGACGGUUUAUCACCUUUAAUUCAUUGAUGUAAUCUUUAUCUGCUGAGAUCUAUUGUUUUUGAAAGAAUUUUUAACACCAUAGCGCGUUUUGCACUGACAAUUCAGUGUGCCGUACACCCCUUAUCAGUAAUGCAGAAUUGGUCUCGGUUUCAAGAAAGAUCGUUCUUCCCAUCACACUCCUGAAUUUAUCUGGAUCAUCCGUGUGGAUUAUCAGCCUCCCUCAAAACUGAAUGUUGUUUCGUGUAGUUUCAAGCCUUUUUAUGAUACUGGAAUUGUAGUGGCGACCCACAGCGCAGUCAGCCGUGCAGCGACAUCGAAAAUGACAGCCAAGAACGCCAGCAAAACCGAGCAGUUCUCCAAACUCAUCCGCCAGAUCAGCCAGCUUCCUCAUAACAAGAACUGCUUCGAUUGCGGCCAGAAAGGACCCACUUAUGUGGAUUUGACUAUCGGGGCCUUUGUGUGUACAGGAUGUUCAGGCAUUCUGCGCGGUCUCAAUCCUCCGCAUCGAGUGAAGUCCAUCAGUAUGGGAACCUUCGCGGAGGAUGAAGUGAAAUUCAUGCAGUUUCGUGGAAAUGCGUUCUGCAAAAAAGUUUGGCUGUUUAAUUACGAUCCUCAGACCAAUCUGCGUCCACCCGAAGUGCGAGAUGAUCAAAAGAUGAAAGAUUUUUUGAUAGCCAAAUAUGAAAAGAAGCGAUGGUACAGUGGGCCGAAUGAGCUGAAUAUUGGCGAUCAAUUGAAGCAGGAUGAUACAGGCAGCUAUAAGAGUUUAACCGAAAUGGACACCGGAACCUCUUUAUCCCGUCGUGCAUCAAGCAAUUCACAACGAAGCCUGCGGCAUGAUUCGCAACUGAGUAACGGCGGUUCGCCCUUAUCGACGGGAAAUGGCACCAGCAAUCAGCCACGAACCCACAGCACAGGAAGCAUCAGUUUGCCGCGCUCACAUACCGCCAAUGCCAUUACCCACAAUUCGGAUUUCCCUGCACCGGCUGCUGUUUCUUCCAAUACAGAUGAUCUACUGGGUGUAUUUGGCGGGCUGAGUGUGGCAUCCACUCCAGCGCCUGUUGCUGUACAGCCACAGAUGCCGGUAGCUCCGACGUUCCCAGCCCCACACCGGUGCUGCGUCCAAUUCCAACGACUGGGCCAAUUUCGGCCGCUCACAGACCAUGCAGUCGUUGCAGCCGUCAACGGCAGCCUUCCCUUCCAUGACGCUCUGCCGCAGUCGCACUCGGUGCCAUUCAAUGCUUCCCCUUUUGAACCGGCCAAACCCAUGCAGCCUAUGUCGGUGAUGGCGCCCACACCGAAAGCCGUGUCCCCGGCUAAAAGUGUGCCGAACAAUCCCGCACCAGCUAAAACAGCCUCGGACAAAUAUGCUGCGCUGGCGGAGUUGGACGAAAUGUUCCAUGGAGGAAGCGCCGGGAGCACUCCACAGAAUUCGUUGCCCAAGUCCCAAGGACAAGAUGGAUUUGGAGCCAGUUGGAGUGGCGCUCCACAGAAUCCAGCGAACACGUUUGUUCGGCCGACGCCGUCGUGGCCGGCAGCUCCUGUUUCACAACAGAGUAAUCCGUUUGGUUAUACAAAUGCAUUCCAAGCACCGGUGAAAGACGGUUGGGGCGCCGGAGCGGGAGCUUUUGGAGGAGGGAACACGGCGUCAGCGUUUGAUAGUAGCAACGUGUGGGGACAGAUGCCGGCUUAUGGAGGUCAGACGCAGCAUGUCGAUACAGCGACGAAUCCGUUUUUGUUGGGGCCUACGCCGAAUGCCGGAUUUGGUCAGCCCAAGCAGGGUGUCCAUCCGACGAACCCUUUUCUAUAAUGGAUCUUCCCUAGGUUGUAAUGUGUGUUUGAUGCUGAAAAUAACGGCGUAGUGUGUCUGCUUGCCGGUUCUUAAAAGCCCGAGAUAAUUUGAUAUUUUUUCUUCAGAUUUUGGGGAGUUUUUGGUGGGAAAUGUCUGUUUUGUUUAAUUUGACAUGGUCGGUAGUAUUUAGCUAAUAAACUAGAUGUUCGAAGUGGAA